AUGUCCAGGCAGAGAUUCACACUUGCUACUGGCAAGUUUCAUCAACUUCUUGGAUCAGAAAUUUAUGCAGAAUAUAUUAGUGGCCUCUGGGAUACAACUGAAUAUUCAAGAGUAAAGAAAAGCAUAUCAUCCCAAAUUGCUAUAGAUAUCUAUUGGAAGUUCAUGGAUCAUUUAAGUAAAGUUGUAAAAAAAGAGAUGGAGAUAACACCAAUGCAGUUCAAUGUCCAGGAAAUGUCAGCUGCAGGAAGGGCAAAAUUAAGGCAUGUUGGGGCCUGGGCGGUGAGAAAAGUACUAGAAAGGUCGAGAAAGUAUGUCAGGGAAAUAUUUUCACGGAAGAUAGUUACACAGUACAGAAAGUUUACGAACAGCAGUGCAAAUGUGAACUAUUGGAAGAAUACAUCGUCGUCCCCUUCAGCCAGAUCGAAAAUACUACCAAAUUUCCUGAAACCCUGGAAUCACUGUGUUAUGAAUAUUUAAUGUAUGCUCUGAGCCAGAGUAUAAAGGUCAGCGUAUGACCCACAUACGUUAUCUCGCGCUACUUGUGCUACAACGUCCCAGUCACUCUACAACCUUCAUGAAUCACUUUGCCACCCGGGUGUCACAAGAUUAUACUAUUUUGUCCGAUCAAAGAAUCUCCCUUAUUCUCUCGAGGAGAUAAGAAGGAUUACAAGAGCAUGCAAAGUAUGCAACGAAUGCAAGCCUCAGUUCCAUCGCCCGGAACAAGUUCAUCUCAUCAAAGCUACGAAACCGUUUGAAAGGCUCAAUGUGGAUUUUAAAGGCCCGCUGCCAACGACUGAUAAGAAUCGGUAUUUCCUCAAUGUGGUCGACGAAUUUUCACGAUUUCCAUUCGUGUUUCCAUGCCCUGAUAUGACAACAACCACUGUGAUCAAGUGUCUCACUACGCUCUUUUCUCUUUUUGGUAUGCCAGCUUAUAUUCAUUCUGAUCGAGCGGCAACAUUUAUGAGCGAAGAACUGCGAACCUUUCUUAUCGGAAAAGGAGUAGCCACAAGUCGUACAACUAGUUACAAUCCCGAAGGAAAUGGUCAGGUAGAGCGGUACAAUGGCAUAUUCUGGAAAGCAAUCGUCACCUGCCUUAAAUCGAAGAAUCUUCCAGUAAAAUAUUGGCAAGAAGUUCUCGCGGACGCUCUACAUUCGGUGCGCUCACUUUUAUGUACAGCGACAAACGAGACACCCCAUGAACGUUUCUUUAGUUUCUCCCGAAGAUCAACCGUUGGAAGCUCUAUACCUUCAUGGUUAUUACAGCCUGGACCUGUUCUCAUUAAACGUCAAGUCCGAUCAAGCAAACAUGACCCGCUCGUAGACAAAGUAGAACUGCUUCAAGCUAACCCUCAUUACGCUCACGUGCGCUAUCCAGAUGGCAGAGAAACGAGCGUAGCUAUUAAGCACCUUGCACCUCGGGGCCAGGAAAUGACCUGUCAACCAUCCGUGGCACGAAACGACAACAACUCAAUCUCGAAUGCUGAGGUAACGGGCAGUCCUGCUGACGAUACAACUGAUGAGCCACAAGAUUUCGGAAGAUCAAAUGGAGAACAAGGUGACUCAACCCAAAACGAACAAUCCUCUUCGAUAGAGAAACCAGGAAUUAGUCAUUCGGUAGAAGAACAUAAUGCAGACUUUUCCUUAAGACGGUCGACACGCACGCGUCGACCUGUUGACAGAUUAAACUUAUGA